AUGUCUCAAGUGAAGGACAUUGCGCCGUCUCCUACCGAGGGCGACCUCGAUCAACAAACCUCCCAAUCCUCCGGUCCAGUCAGUCCUACCCCCGCGACUUCCGCUGCCCAACAAAGCGAUAAUAUUGCCCACGCUUUGGCGGGUGCGGGCGGCGGCCUUCUCGCAAUGACCCUCACCUACCCUUUGAUUACGCUCUCAACCCGCGCACAGGUGGAGUCUAGGCGGGCCGACACCUCUACCCUUGCAGCUGUGAGGCACAUCAUUAAACGGGAAGGUCUGGGCGGACUCUACGCAGGCCUCGAGAGCGCCUUGUUCGGUAUUUCAGUCACCAACUUUGUCUAUUACUAUUGGUAUGAGUGGACUCGCGCCUUCUUCGAGAAAGCGGCGGUUACGGCGGGCCGAGCCAGCAAGAAGCUCACCACCGUCGAGAGCAUGAUAGCCGGUGCGAUUGCGGGAUCGGCCACCGUCCUCCUCACCAACCCGAUCUGGGUCAUCAACACAAGGAUGACUGCUCGCAAGAGUGAGGAAGGAGAGGGCGAGUUACCAGGUGGUGAAAAGAGACAGGUCAAGAAGCCUAGCUCCAUCGGAACCUUGUUGAAUCUCCUCAGAGAGGAAGGUCCGGGCUCCCUUUUCGCCGGGGUCCUUCCUGCUUUGGUUUUGGUGAUCAACCCAAUCUUACAAUAUACGAUAUAUGAGCAGUUGAGGAACGUUUUGGAGAAGAAGAGGAAGUUUGGUCCUCGCGAUGCCUUUUACCUAGGGGCUCUUGGCAAGCUGCUGGCGACCACGAUCACAUAUCCUUACAUCACUGUCAAAGCUAGGGCCCAUGUCGCUAGCAAAGAUGAUCCUCACGAGGGCAUGUGGAAGAGCUUGAACAGGAUUGUCAAGGAGGAAGGCUGGGCCGGCCUGUACAAAGGACUCGUCCCCAAAGUCAGUCAAAGUGUUUUAACUGCGGCUUUCCUCUUUGCCUUCAAGGAUGUGUUAUAUGACAUGACCGUGGCAGCGCGAAGAAAGACCAAGGCUAUCAAAGCCUAA